GCGCACUCGAGAAGUCGGGUCUCUCAACAGCAACGUGCCAGUAUGUUGCAGAGGACGAGCCACAUGAAGAGAUCUGAUACUAGCUAGCUAGCUACUGGUAGUAAGAUGAGAGAUUAUCAUAAAACACAAGAUGACCGAGCAUCAAACUGGACAAGACAAAGAGCAGUUCCUGCUUGUGGAUACCGAAGCCACGACCAUCAAGGAACAUGAUCGGUUGGGAGAGUUGAAAGUGCCUACCGAGACAUUCGACUACGAAACAUUGCGUGCCGGUACCAUCAGUGUCACGUUUUCUCGUUCUACUGAUAUUCCACUUGGACUGAUCUUUGAAGAAGAUGGAGUUGCCGAAGGGGGCAAGGGAAGACGCAUCGUUCUUGCUUCUAUCGAGGAGAAGGCCGCUGGAGAGAUUGACUUCCCGCGCAACGCUCCUAUCCAAGUGGGAGAUUCCCUCGAGCGGAUCAAUAGUGAGGAUCUAGUGAAUGACUCCCAAACGCAUGAUAGUGUCAUGCAGCUGAUUGAUCAACCAGGGAUCUUGACACUCACAUUUGCCACGCCAAAAGGCAUCCCUUCCUUAUUCCAAGCCUUCAUAGUCAAGCCAUCAACGGAGUCGUCACUUGGAAUACUUAUCAACCAGCAAGCUCCCUGCUCCAAUGACAAUGCCAUUGGCGAUGGCGUGCCCCAGUUUUUCGUUCAAGACAUUGUUAGAAAGAUUCGAGGCCAGGAAGACGAUACAAAACCAGCGUUGCAGCCAUCAUUGCUGCAGCAUUCUGUUUUGCAGCCAAACGACAUUCUCUUGAGUGUCAACACAGAGAGCUUGCAAGCUAACCCAGUGUACGGAGAACCUAUGCAAGUAGCCCAGUUGUUGCGAGACACACCGUCAGAAGUUACCAUUGUCGCUCUUCGUCCUUUGACUUGGUCGGAAAAGCUAGUCAACGGUAUCCGUAGAACCGCUGUUGGUGCAGCUGGAGGGACCAUGGUUGGAGUAGGACUGAUCUUCAUUCCUACGUUACCGCCUCCCGUGGGAGAACUCUUGAUCGUUGGCGGAGUUUCCUUGUUGGGCACAGAGUUCGCUGGACCCAAAAUGGUCAUCAAGCAAGCGCGAGAUUCAUUGGAGGUGGCCGUCGCUGGGCCUGACCACACGGAAAAUGAGGAAGAAGGAAACGAUUUGGACUUUGUAGUCGUUGAGACCAACGAAGCCAAUCAAGACGGCUCUGAUGGUCCAACAGCUAGUCCCGACACUGGCUCCACACUGGAGUCGCACCGUGGCAAGAAGAAGCCUACCAAAACCAUGACAAACAAGGUCAAGAGCUUUGGACGCCGUUAUGUGCUUCCUUUCUUGGAUCAGGUUGUGGGAGAUAAGCCACAGACUCCUCCGAAGGAGAUUCCUCGUGGCACUAAGGAUAUCGACUCCAUCACCAUCGACAAGAACCGUGCAGCCUGCUUGUCAGAUUUGGCCUUCGAUGUCGAGCCUGGCUCACCCUAGGAGGUGGCAGCUGGCCAUUGAGACCAUAUAUAUAUUAUUAGUUGUAACCCCAUCAUUAGAAACCUUGCAAUUACGCUCAACGCAGCCAGCACAAGGUGUACCGGUACGGACCAAAUUAGCCAUUCCAAGGUAGAAUGGUGUGAGGGGUGUGAUCUAUAGUAUUUUUAUAAGUUUUUGUUCAA